ACUAUAAGUAGGCAGUUGUAUUCACCACUCUUUCACAUCCAAGUUCUUCCAGAAAGAGAAGGAGAUUGUUUCUUUGUGCUAAAACCAUGUCUACCCUUGUUGUCCCUGCAAAUGUUUCUUUUGUAGAAGAUGCUGAAACUCUCAGAAAGGCUUGUGAAGGAUGGGGGACCAAUGAGAAGGCUGUAAUUUCAGUUCUUGCUCAUAGAAACGCAACUCAAAGGAAGCAAAUCAGACAAGCUUAUUGGAACCUUUACCAAGAAGAACUUGUAAAACGUCUUGAAUCUGAGCUAAAAGGAGAUUUUGAGAGAGCUAUAUACAGAUGGAUAUUGGACCCAGAAGACAGAGAAGCAGUGUUAGCUAAUGUGGCUGUAAAGAAAUCUUCUGAUUAUCAUGUGAUCGUUGAAAUUGCUUGCGUCCUAUCCGCAGAGGAGCUCUUGGCUGUGAGGAGGGCCUACCAGGCUCGCUACAAGCAUUCAUUGGAAGAAGAUGUGGCAGCUCAUACCACCGGCGAUGUCAGGAAGCUCUUGGUUGGGUUGGUUACAGCUUAUAGGUAUGAAGGUGCUGAUAUAAAUGCAAGAUUGGCCAAAUCGGAAGCUGAUAUUCUUCAGGAUGCGAUUAAAGACAAGAAAUAUAAUCAUGAUGAAGUUAUUAGGAUCUUGACUACAAGGAGCAAGGCACAACUCAUGGCUACUUUCAAUGGCUUCAAAGAUGAUCAGGGAACUUCCAUCACUAAGGCUUUGUUGGGUGAGCAUGCUGAGAAUGAGUACAAGAGAUUGCUUCGCAUAGCCAUUCGAUGCAUCAACGAACCUCUUAAGUACUAUGAGAAGGUUUUGCGGAAUGCAAUCAGAAAGUUUGGGACUGAUGAGGAUGCAAUUACUCGUGUGAUAGUGACAAGGGCUGAGAAGGACUUGCUGCAUAUCAAGGAGCUUUACUACAAGAGGAACAGUGUGCCCCUUGAUCAAGCAGUGGCCAAGGAGACUUCUGGGGAUUACAAGGCUUUCCUCCUUGCUCUGCUUGGAAAGCAGGAUUGAGAUUAUUAGCUUAAGCAUUUCAGAGUUUUUAAAUCUGAAAAAAUAAGGGUUUUGUGAGCCUUCAUUUUGCAUGUGCUGAUCUGGUGUGAGACAAUUUGUAUCCUUUUUUAUGCUAUCUUGAAUGCAGAAUUUCUCGAAGAAGUUGCCUUGUGGAA